GAGCACCAUGACUGACCCAGGACCAGCAUUGCGCCUCUCCACUGUUCGCCUCUCCUCCGUUGUGCCUCGGAUUACAGUCAUUUGAAGAGGAAACAGCAAGGAAUAAAGAGAAAAGCGUUCAAAUUUAUUAAAAACUUUUAUCGCAGGAUACGUUUUGCCCUGUGGCGACUCACCUGCGCCAGCCAUGCGCUUCUCAGCUACAUCUCCAUCCCUCUGCCCCAUGCUCGGUCUCCUCCUGCUUCUCUCCGGGUGCUGGUCUCUUCAGCAGUGGGUGCUCCAGAGGGUCCCGGUGGUCCUCCCACAACAGAUCAAACCUGGCCCCGCCCCUCACUUUCUGUCCCAGGCUCGUUUGGAUGUCAGCUCCUCCUGUGACCCAGACUGCCACAGGAAAGCCCCCAAACCGAGCUACUGGGACCUCCGAAAUAUUUUAUCCUACGAGACGCUUCACUCAAAUGGGAGCCUAACUACAACCUCUGUUGAGAUUUAUGGCUAUAAUCCAAAUUCUGAUACUACUGUGGUUUACAAAGCAAGGUCCCGUGGGAAGAGGGAGGCACAUGUGAGAAGGAAAAGGCAGAUUUUUGGGCAUGAUGGGAGGUUUAGUAUCGUGGGACAGAACUAUUUGCUCCAAUUUCCAUUUUCAGUGGUGGUCAAAUUGUCCACGGGAUGCUCAGGGACUCUGGUAGGAAACAGGCACGUGCUCACAGCAGCACACUGUGUCCAUGAUGGCAAGAACUAUGUGAAAGGAGCUCAGAGACUUCGAGUUGGCUUCUUAAAACCCAAAUAUCGUGACACACAAUCAACAAAUUUCUUCUUAAAUUUGACCAAUCAAAUUGGUUCACCUUAUCCCCCUCCAACUAAUGACAAAAUGAAAUUUCAGUGGAUUCGUGCCAGGCGUACCCAUGUCCCCAAAGGCUGGAUAAAAGCUAAUGCUAAUGACAUUGGCAUGGACUAUGAUUAUGCCCUCCUUGAACUGAAAAAGCUCCAUAAACGUCAUCAUAUGAAGUUAGGAGUAAGCCCCCCUGCCCAGAGACUGCCUGGGAGAAGAGUGCAUUUUUCUGGGUUCGAUAAUGAUCGACCGGGGGAUCUGGUUUACCGCUUCUGCCUGGCUGGAGAGGAGACUCCUGACCUAUUGUAUCAGCACUGCGAUGCUCAGCCUGGGGCCAGUGGGUCGGGGGUCUAUGCUCGCAUGUGGGACCCCCUGCGCUGUAAAUGGGAGCGCAAAAUCAUAGGGGUGUUCUCGGGCCAUCAGUGGGUGGAGAGGCAAGGGGCGUCCCAAGACUACAACGUAGCAGUCCGAAUUACUCCGCUAAAAUAUGCUCAAAUCUGUUACUGGAUCAAGGGGAACUUUGUGGACUGCAGAGAAGGUUGAGAAGACCUAAGAAGGAACUGAGUGCAGGAAUUCAUUUAACCAAGGAGAAGGGUUAAAUAUCAGCUACAGAAAAAGCACUGAUAUUAUUGUGACAAUUACAAUAUUGCUCUAUUCAGACAAUGGUUUCCAAUUAACCUUUGCACACCAAAAAGAAACAAUGGCAAGAUGCAAGUUUUUGAGAUACCAGUUAAUAAUGGUGGUGGUGGUGGGGGGUAGAAGUUUAAUGGCAUACAUUUUGCGUUGCCAUUUGCAGAAGACAAGUCGGUGGCACCAGAAUAUGUACAAAGCUCAUUUAUAAAUCUCAAAUAUAAUUUCCUGUUAGAUGCAACAUUCUUUCUGUCCCUUUGUGAAACUGCACCCAUUAAAGUAGCAGGAAGUCUACUUUCUUACCAUUAAGAAACAACUAUAAGGACAUUAAAUGGACACACUGAAACAUUGCUCAGAUUUUAAAGGCUGAACUCUGAACUGUCUGUGCUGCAUCAUUAUAACCGUAUACUGAGCUUGAGAUUGCACUGUAAUAAUUUCCUACUGAUUCAUUUGAAUGUAUGAUAGCAUCCAAAAGUUGCCCUGACUCUCAAAUGUUUGUGAACUUUAUAAUAUUCUUCCUGGAGCUUAGCAAAAUGUACAUGAGAAUGUAUAAACAAGUGGCUCCCUCUGGUGGCCAGAUCUGAAGAUGACAAGUCGUGAAUGUAAUAAACAUCAACCACUGUUUGAACUUUU